GUUGAGGAAUUUCCGUAGGUGUUGAUUUAGAGUUGAAAGAUAACGCGAGAGCGAGCUAGAGAGAGAGAAGAAUGGCGGGUAGCAUGUGUUUACAGUCUCGGUUGGUCUCCUCUUUCGUUGGAGGCGACCGUUUUAUCCACCCUUCUCACCACCCUCUUCACCACCUCUUCCGCUGUUUCCCAGGAAGAAACCAUGUCUCUAUGCAGUUGCCAAAAACUCUUUCUGGUUUGACUGAUUUCUUAUUCAAUAAAAGUUGCAGAAAUCUUGAUCAAGUGUCGAUGAGCAGGCGUAAACCUCUAAGGCCUGGUAAGGUGUCCCCUCCUCGACCUGUUCCAGCUCACAUACAGAGACCUCCUUAUGUGAAAUCUCGGAGACCUCCGGAAGUAGCAAGUGGAGCUGAGGUACAUGAUGAGAGGGGAAUAGAGUGUAUGAGAGCUUCUGGGAGAUUGGCAGCUCUUGUUCUCGAAUAUGCUGGAACUUUAGUCAAGCCAGGCGUGAAAACUGAUGAAAUUGAUGAAGCAGUUCAUCAAAUGAUUAUUGACAAUGGAGGGUAUCCUUCCCCGCUUGGUUAUGGUGGGUUUCCUAAAAGUGUCUGCACAUCAGUGAAUGAAUGCAUUUGCCACGGGAUACCAGAUUCAAGGUCACUUGAGGAUGGUGACAUUAUUAACAUUGAUGUUACGGUGUACCUAAAUGGCUAUCAUGGUGAUACCUCUGCGACCUUCUUCUGUGGGGAGGUUGAUGAUGAAGCCAAAAAAUUGGUUCAGGUAACUAAAGAAUGCAUGGACAAGGCAAUUUCAAUAUGUGGCCCAGGAGUGGAGUACAAGAAGAUUGGCAAAACAAUCCAUGACCAUGCAGAUAAAUUUGGAUAUGGUGUUGUACGUCAGUUUGUUGGCCACGGUGUUGGUCGUGUUUUUCAUGCUGAGCCCGUUAUUCAGCACUGCAGGAACAAUGAAGGAGGGCGCAUGAUAUUAAAUCAAACUUUUACUAUUGAACCGAUGAUUACACUAGGAAGUUAUGAUCCCAUUAUGUGGGACGAUAACUGGACAGUGGUCACAGAAGAUGGAAGCCUCUCUGCACAGUUUGAGCACACCAUUUUGAUAACCCGAGACGGAGCAGACAUUUUGACCCAAUGUUAAUAUUGGGGGAGUUUUUGUGUGUUUGUAAUGAUUAUGCCUGCAUUCCUUCUUAAUGAUUAUAUUAAAUUAUUAUUUUCAGGAGA